AUGAUAGAGAUCGCCUCACGAAAAGUGGGCCAAAACCGACGAAACCGACAGCAUUCGAAAGCCCUCGAAAAACCCUAUCUAACAAUACCGCUUGCAACGGUGCGCGACCAGUGGCGCGGCCGCAUACCUAUCGAGAACAGAGGAGAGGCCCGGGGCCUCGCAAAGGACCUAAGCGACCUAUUUGCAAGUCAGAAACAGGGGCACCACCACUCGAAGGAAAGCCUGGGAGGGCUUACGGCAGCCCACCUACAGAAAGUAGUUACGGAGGCGGUCCAGGCUGCCGUGGGACCCAAUCGAAGUGCGACACAGGGCCGUUCGUGGGCUGCAGUGGCCGCAGGGCCCGGGCAAGGCUUGCAAGCUCAACCUACGAAAAUCAUCCCCCAGAGGGCCGACCGGGAGCUACUAGUGCGGGGAGCCAACGUGUCAGCCGACCUUGCACAAAGGUCCCCAGUCGAAAUCAUCCAGGCCAUCAACCAAGCCUCAACCAAGCAGGGAGCUAUUGCAGCCCGGAAGCUCCCUAGCGGGGACACAGUGGUAACGUUCAACGACUCGAACACCAAAAGCUGGCAUUCCAACAACACCCAGUGGAUUCAACAAGCCUUCGGGGAGCAGGCUAAAGAGGCUGGCAGAACUUACGCAGUGCUGGUGAAGGGCCUGAGGAAGGCCGACCUACAGGGUACUACGGAGGAGGUGUUCGGGGGAGAACUAGGCCUUUGGUUAGUGGACAAGGUCAAGUUCAGAGUCCCAACCAACCCAGGGUUUACCAGGGCGACGGUACUAGUUGCCCUUAGAGACCAAGAGGAGGCUCGGAAGGCCUGUGACCAGGGGAUAAUCUGGAACGCUCAGCUACUCGACUGCCAGCCCUACUGGGCAAUGCUGGAACCGAAACAGUGCUUCAAGUGUUGGAAAUGGGGCCACAUACAGAGGUUUUGCCAGAAAGAGGCCCUGUGUGGGAGGUGUGGUACGGGGGCCCAUGGGGAGGGCGGGAGGGCCGGGGAGGCCCUCUGCCCUACCCAGCAGGGUCAGGUGCCCUGUAAGUGCCCCUGCUGCGGAGGAAAGCACCCGGGCUGGGCCAAGGAGUGCCCGGGAAGGGCCAGGGCCAAGAAGGAGGCGAGAGAGGCAUACCAAUACCGACCAAGGGUGUUCGAGCCAGCUCGGACAGCAGCUGCGGAGCCUAUAACAGCACCAAGAUCAGCAUUCACCUACGAGAAGGCCCGACCACAGGAGGAGGAAGUCCUGCUGUGGAACACCGAAGGAAACAAGCAGGCACUCGAGGCCCUGCUAGAAGAAGCGCAGUACGACCUAAUGGCUAUUCAGGAGCCAUGGAUCAACCAACAAACCAAGUCAACCUACUGUCCCAGAGGCUCGAAAUACCACCUAGUUCAUAAAGCAAGUGGGCGAGCGGCUAUAUUCGUCAGCCGAAAGUUCGACACAGGACAGUGGGAAUAUGAGACUUCAGAGGAACAUUGUAAGGUAUGGUUCCCAGGGCUCGGGAACAGUGGACUAGAACUCUGGUCUAUCUAUAACCCCCUUGAGGAUAAAACCCUCCUACAAACCCUCCUAAGUCGGCCGGCCCCAGCCUACCCAGUAGUAUUAGCGGGGGACUUUAACCUACACCACCCGCAAUGGGACCGGUUUGGCCGGUACGAAAGGAAGGCCGAGGCUCUCCUAGAGUUGGCACUACAGUGGGAUCUCGAUCUUCGAACUCCAGCAGGCACUAUAACCAGGGCACCGCAGGGGGCCCAGCGAGGCCGCACUUCGACAAUAGACCACUUCUGGGCAUCAGUGGGUCUACAAACGACCUACUACGGCCUGGAAUACAGGGGGAAGUCAGACCACUACCCACAGAUUUUGGAAGCUGACAUCGGAGGCCCCCUACCACAACAAACCCAGCCAGGGGGUUGGAACUGGAAGAUGAUGGACAGGCGUAGGGUGGAGGCCGAGGCGGCCCUCCUACCAGAGAAAAUAGGCCUAGAGGACCCAGGGCCACAGGGCCUCCGGGCACAAGUCAGGGAGCAGGAGGGUUUAAAAGAAGCAUUCAACUGGUUGGUCGAGGAGCUACAGAGGAUAGCUGAAGUGGCCACCCCUCGGAAGAAGGCCAACAGAGGCCACGGCUCGCCGUGGUGGUCAGUGGAGGUCCAGGAGGCCCAGGGAGAGGCAAGGAGAGCCGAAAGGGAGUGCAAGGCAGCCCCGUCGGAGCACAACAAAGAAAGACUUAACCAAGGUCUACGGGCCCUCGCGGCCACCAUCAACAAGGAGAAAACGAAGACCUGGAGGACAACAAUGCAGAAAGCCACCCACAAAACCGACCUGCUAUGGAGCCUAGAACGCUGGGCCCGUUGCAGAAGCUUCGCCCCCCCAGAUCCCCCGAAACUACCCGCUCUCACAGGGCCCCCCGGAGGCCAGGACCUCUCCACCCACAAGGAGAAGGCGGAGGCCUUAGCACGCCGGUUCUACCCUAACCCAGAAGCUGACCUUUCUGAUAUAGAGGACCCGGACCUGCUAGAACAGUGGGUUCCGAAGUUCAAUAUAGAGGAAAAGGUUACAGUGGGUGAUGUUAGGGCAGUCCUUUCGAAGAUUAGUCCUUGGAAGGCUCCAGGCGAGGACCACUUACCUAUAGGCCUUCUUAAGGCCUGCGGGCGCCCACUGUUCAGGGUGCUAGCGGUUCUCACGGAGGCGUGUUUCCGGAUCGGAUGGUUUCCAGAAAUAUUCAAGAGAGCCAAAACAGUUGUCCUACAAAAGCCCGGAAAAGAGCCGAGUACCUACCGAACUCCAGGAGGUUACAGGCCCAUAGCCCUCCUACCUACAGUUGGGAAGGUCAUAGAAGCACUGGUAGCAGAGAGGAUUACUAGUGCUGCAGAGGCCUACGGCCUACUACCAGCGGAGCAGAUGGGAAACCGAGAGCACAGGUCAACAGAGGUAGCGAUUCGGCUAGUCGUAGCCCAAGUCCAGGAGGCCUGGCGGCAGAAAGCAACCGCCUCCCUUCUACAGUUGGAUAUCUCAGGGGCAUUCGACACCGUCAACCAUACCCGGCUACUAGCCACUCUUCGGCUACAGGGUUACCCACAGUGGGUGGUUCUGUGGGUGAAGGCGUGGUUAAGUAACAGAGUUGCGAUCCUCCACUUCGACGGCCAGAAAACAGAGGACAUCCCAGUCAUAGCGGGAGUCCCCCAGGGCUCACCACUAUCCCCGAUCCUAUUUAUCCUCUACAUUGCCUCCCUAUAUCAGGCCCUGAAAACAGCUCAUCCACUGGUUAGCAUAGUAGGGUUCGCAGACGACACAAACCUACUGGCCUUUGGAAAGAACCCAGAGGCCAAUACACAGCAACUGGAAAAAGCUUGGAAGACCUGCUUGCAGUGGGCUGGUACCCGGGGGAUGGCGUUCGCACCUCAAAAGUGCGAAUUAAUUCACUUCAACAAAGGUCGGAGACAGUGGGAGAACCCGGUGGCCCUGGCCCACCCAGGGGCCAGUGGCUACAGCACAGUUAAGCCAGUGGAAUCGGCUCGGUUUCUAGGAGUCUGGCUGGACUGGAAGCUGUCAUGGAGGGCGCACCAUCAAGCUGUGGAACGGAAACUCAAAACCCAAGAUUUCGCCUUAUCGAGGAUUGCAGCAAAGACGUGGGGCCCGAGCCUAUCCAGGGCUCGGGAGGUCUACCUCCAAGAGCUACAGGGCCGAAGGGGCCUGCAAAGGUCUUGUCAAAAGCUCAGAACAGGAGCCUUCGAAUAG